AACACCGCAGUGUGACAAUCAUUAAGCUUGUCUUGGGCCCUGCCUUUUGACCUCACAGCCACGAACAAGGAUAUUGUCCAUCUCACGCAUGUCGCACUGUACAGUCCACGUACCGCCUCCACCUGAACUACUUUUGGCGACCUACUUUCUACACCAAGACCUCGUGUUCAUUGAGCCUCACGUUAGGUGUGUUUCAGCGUAGAUGUGUUCUACCCAAGUGUGUAGUAAGAAAAUUCCGGAUCACGAUACGGAAAGUACAGCGGGUCGAUAAAUUGCUUUAUUUUAUGCUGGAAGGAACGCGGUAUCGCUACACACCCACCACUCUCGCUGACGACAGCCUCAAGUUUGUCAAGCAGGCCCAUCCACGUAAAACAAGAUGGCGGAUGCAGCGGACGAGACUUUUGAACAGGCGGGGAGCGGAGCAUCUGCUUCGUAUCCGAAACAGUGUUCUGCCCUGAGGAAGAACGAAUACGUUCUCAUUAAGAAUCGUCCCUGCAAGAUCGUAGACUUGUCUACGUCGAAGACCGGGAAACAUGGCCAUGCUAAGGUGCACAUAGUAGGUACGGACUUGUUUACUAGUAAAAAGCUUGAAGAUGUCUGCCCGUCCACUCACAAUAUGAAUGUCCCGCAUGUGAGCAGAAUAGAAUAUCAACUGAUUGAUAUGGACAGUGAUGGGUUUUUGACUCUAAUGGACGACAAGAAUAACAUAAGGGAUGACCUGAAGGUAGGUGAUAAAGAUCCCGAAUUGAAGAAAGAUAUCGAAAGUAAACUGAAGGAUGGCGUUCCUACUAUGGCUGCUGUACUCAAGGCUAUGGACGAAGAGGUUAUCGUGUCUGUCAAACUAGGAAAGGAAUAAGAAUAUUAUUUCCAACAUGGACAUGAACAAUUCUGAUACUUUCCCACAGUUAAACGUGACACUUGUUUGAAAACGUAAACCGGAAGUCGGCCUGUUGGGUUACCACGUGGUCGGCCGGGUGGCGGGUGAUUUUAUGUGAAGCUGAUCCUUUCGUCGAAGACUUGUUGAAGUGAUAUGUACCACAAUUUUGGACUUGAUUCAAAGAUUAUUCUACUUUUCGAUGGAUAUUUGUUUGUAAAGGUUUUGGUGAUCAAGAUGCAAAAUAAAGAUUUCGUGACGUUGACAGGAAGAUCGAUCGAAGAACACAGCAUUCCAUUGUUCGGUAUUUAGGCAAGGCCUAGUGACCGGUAGGCGCAUGUGGUGCAUCCGAAGACAUCGAACAGGAAUGUGUUAACUUUUGUGAAGUUAAUUAGCGUUCAUGUUGUAUGAACAGUUAUAAAAUAAGUAACAUUAACUUAUUUAUCCAUGUUGUGCUAACUUAAGACCUCUGCUUGAAAUAAUUUCCUGUACUUUUUUGGAAUGAGCCACUUGACUCAAUAAAUCGAUGAUUUGGUAAAAUGUU